CUCCUAGUAAUUUACGCAUUAAAAUACCCCUAGGUAUUUCCCCUAGUGAGAGAGCUCCUGGAGAAGUCCGCGCCACCGCUGCUGGAGAAGUAGUCCAUCAGUCAUCAGAGGCUCAACCUAAGGCUAUAGGCAUUGUAGAAAUUAGGACCUUGAAGGAUGGCCAAGCAUCAUCCUGAUUUGAUAAUGUGCCGGAAGCAGCCAGGAAUUGCCAUAGGACGACUGUGUGAGAAAGAUGAUGGGAAGUGUGUGAUAUGUGAUUCCUAUGUACGUCCUUGCACGCUUGUGCGAAUUUGUGACGAGUGCAAUUAUGGAUCUUUCCAAGGUCGAUGUGUUAUAUGUGGAGGGGUUGGCAUCUCAGAUGCCUACUAUUGCAAAGAGUGUACACAGCAGGAGAAAGAUAGAGAUGGGUGUCCAAAAAUUGUUAAUUUAGGGAGUGCCAAAACAGAUUUGUUUUAUGAACGCAAGAAAUAUGGUUUUAAGAAAAGAUGAUGAGCUGUGGGUUACAUCUAUGCUGCUUUUAUUUCUGUCUGUGUUGUGAUCAAUGGAGAGACCUAAUUUAGGCUGUCCUAAAUAAUUUAAGUUUGUAUUUUGUUCCUAAAGAUAUUGCAAAUGGCUGUGUUGCUUGUAAUCUUAUGAACUGAGAUUUUAUGUUU